CAGAUGCAAUAUGAAGAAAUGAAAGCAGAAGACAAGGUUUCCACAGUGAUGCAAUUUGUACUCCUGGCAUUUUCUGACCUUCCGAACCCCCAAGGAUUACUCUUUGGGGUGUUCUCCAUCAUUUACAUCAUUAUCUUAACCGGAAAUAGCCUCAGAAUAGUAAUAACUAGGCUUGACCCUGCACUACAGAAAACCAUGUAUUUUUUCCUGGCAAAUUUUUCCUCCUUGGAAAUCUGUUACGUGUCUGUCACUCUUCCUAGGAUUUUGGUGAACUUUUGGACUCAGGAUAGAAGCAUUUCUAUGCUGGACUGUGCCGCCCAAAUGUCCUUCUUCCUUAUGCUGGGAACCACUGAAGGUUUCCUCCUGGCCAUGAUAGCCUACGACCACUCUGUGGCCAUUUGUAAGCCUCUGCACUAUCCCCUAGUCAUGAACCAAAAGAGGCGUAUCCAGCUGGCUGUUGGCUCCUGGAUCAGUGGAAUCCCAGUGCAGAUAGGGCAAACUCAGAUUUUCUCUCUGCAUUUCUGUAAUUCUAACCAAAUUAACCACUUCUGUGACAUCCCCCCCAUUCGGAAGCUGGCUUGUAGAGACACUUCUGUGCAUGAGCUGUCAGUCUAUGUAGUAGCUCUGUUGUUUGUUGCCGGCCCUUUUAUGUUGAUACUUGCCUCCUACAGCAAAAUCGUUUGCACUAUUCUGAGGUUGCCAACAGCCAGAGGAAGAGCCAAGGCCUUCUCCACAUGUUCUUCUCACCUGCUGGUUGUGCUUUUAUUCUUUGGAUCUGCUACCAUUACCUACUUAAGGCCCAAAUCCAGUCAUUCUGCAGGAACUGACAAACUGCUCUCUCUGUUCUACACCAUAGUGCUUCCCAUGUUCAAUCCCAUGAUAUACAGCCUUUGGAACAAGGAUGUGAUUGCUGAACUGAGAAAAUUAUUACUUAAAAAGUAG